GAUUAAAGUCAUUUUACGCGUGCGGAAACCCUUAAAACAUAAAAAUACGUGAUUAGAAUUGAAUAAUUGGUUUAGUUGGCGUGCUAAUGCUGGUAAAAGUGGUGGUUUUAGAUAGAAACGCGGACUAUGUGACGAAGCGGAUGUGCAUGGAGAGGGUUGUUCGCGUUUUCCUUUUUGAGAAUGCGCUCAGAGUUUUGGCGAUAGAGGAGGAGGGUGAACCAAACCAAGCGGGGUGGAAGGGUCUUGGGGGCAGCAUCACUUUCCAAAGUUUGUCGGUGAUUUCCUGAAGUCUCCAGCCCACCAACCGGCGUGUUUUGUUUACAUUUUGCAGGCCAGGCGUGUAUGCGAUCGAGCCGACAUUUCUGACACUGCGCGCACUAGCUCUCUGGCUGGUGUUCGGACACUCGGUGCGCGCCUCUAGUAGGAUGUUACCGAGUCAAGUUGGGUCGGCACCGGCUGGAAACGGGUCCGCAUCGGGUAGAGGCAUCGCAGGGCACGGGUCUGGGGUUGUCGGGGUUCGUCCUGUUUUGGUCCGAGCAGGGCACGCGUACGAGGGGGAAAGAGACGCAGUAGGAAUGCUAGGGGCUAAUGGUCCGAGAGGCGCUAGACCUCCGGGGAAUGGGACCGGGGUGACACAGCUGCAGUCCGCGGUGCAGGCCAACGUGGUGGGGUUGACUGCCGGAGGAGUGGUCCUGCCCCAAGGAGCUGCGGGCAGGUUUGACCACGAUAGAGACCCCCUUUGCAGCGGAUCGGACAACGACUCGGACUCCGUGGACGAUGAGGACCCAGUGGGUUCACUCGGGGACAGUAGGAGAGGGGUCAAGCGGGAAAGAGACAUGGAAGCGGCCGUGGUGGGGCAAGAGGUCGGUGUCCCCCCUGGAGCUUACGGCAUGGUUACCGGGGGAGUAGCCGGGGCAAAACCGGGGAAAAAGACACGUGGACGGGUAAAGAUUAAGAUGGAGUUUAUUGACAACAAGCUGCGACGGUACACAACUUUCAGCAAGAGGAAGACUGGUAUUAUGAAAAAGGCUUAUGAACUUUCAACCCUGACAGGAACCCAGGUGCUUCUGCUCGUGGCCAGUGAAACGGGCCAUGUGUACACGUUUGCCACUCGUAAACUGCAGCCCAUGAUCACCAGUGAGACGGGGAAGGCCUUGAUCCAAACAUGUCUGAACUCUCCGGACUCCCCCCCACGGUCGGACCCUUCGACUGACCAGAGGAUGAGCGCCACGGGGUUUGAGGAGACAGACCUGACCUACCAAGUGUCUGAGGCCGAGGGCAUGGGGGAAACUAAGGACACUCUAAAGCCCACGUUCACCGUCGCCAACCUGCCCGGGUCGGUCAGCAGCACCCAGGCUACAGUCCCAACCACCUCCACCACGAUGCAGGUGAGCAGCGGGUACCCCAUCACCAACUACCUGGCCCCCGUGUCUGCCAACAGCAACAUUAGUGCCAACGGGACAGUGCUGAAAGCCGCGGGGCCGUCUGCCGGCGUCAUGCAGCUGCCUGGAGGGUUCACCUUCAUGCCCGCGGGCACCCCUCUCCCCCCUGGCACCCCCACCAUCCCCCUCAGUCAGUUGCAGUCUCACUCUCUGGCUCUUCAGGGGCAGCACGGGGCCGCCCCAGCAUCAGCGCAGGGGCAGCAGGCCGUCUUCCGCUUCCCCGCCGCUGUCUCCCUCACAGGAGCAGGAGUGCCACAGCAGCUCCAGGCCAUUCAGGUCCACCCCAACACUCAGCCCAACACUAACAGCGACAGCAGCCCCGAAAUCUCCCACUCCUCCUCCAACUCCACCGCCACAGUGAGUCUCCCGGCCACCAUCGUCACGUCGUCCGUCCCGACCACAGUGGCGGGUCACAUGAUGUACCCGAGCCCACACGCCGUCAUGUACGCCUCCACGCCGGCGCUGGACGGGGGGCUGACCGUGCUCAACGCCUUCUCCCAGGGCACCCCCACAAUGCAGGUCUCCCACCCACAAGCACAGGACACAGGCGGUGUCCCUCAGGUGUUCCUCACGGCUCCUCCGGGCACAGUCCAGAUCCCGGUGUCGGCGGUGCAGCUUCACCCAGUACGGCAAGAUCUGCAUUUUACAAAUGGUGAUUGGUCAGCAGCCGGGCGGCAGCAGCACUAACCUCACAGAGCUACAGGUGGUCAAUCUAGAGGCCGCCCAGAACUCAAAGGGCGACUGACCCCACCCCUCUCUCACGGGACACCCCCUCCCCUCCCCCCUUUUUCACGGGACCCCCCCAAAAAGAGACGACAGGGGGUGGCCACAUGGACUGACAUCUUUAUUUAUUGAUGCCUUCCGAAAGUUUCACAUCACAAUCUUGAAUGUGAUUUUCAUGUAUUCACACAGUCGCGGGCAUGUGUGGUCUUCUACAGUAUGUUUGGUAAAUAUAUAAUACAUAUAUAUAUAGUUUUAUUGCAUAGGAAAUGAUAUCACUACAUCCUUUGUGUUGGAUGGCCUUUUCUAUGCUAGAUAUUUUUGUCAAUGGUGUAAAACCCACUACGUGUGCCAGCCAAAGAGACUUACGAGUUUGAAUGUGGGCCGUCCAGCACAUACAUGAAUACAUAAAGGGUUUGUAAAUGGGGCAAAUUCAAAUGUAAAUAUUUUUCUAACUUGUAUUUUUAGCCUGGUUUAGUUUGUGCGAGGCAUGUAGUUGUUUUUUUACGUAGUUUUUUUUCUUUUUGUAUGUAAGAAAAUGGUUUGCAUAAAGGGUUAUUUUACAGUG